AUGGAACAGAAGCGCAGAGCAUCUAUUGCUUCGGAAUCCAAAGAGAGCAGUGAACCAGGAGCAGGUUACUCCCACAUUUCAUCUGUCUCUCCGUGUUACAUUUUACUCACCUCUUCUCCCCUUACACACCAUACCUCACAAUCCCCCUUAACGUGUCGUGAUUGUGCAGAUCUGAGCAAAGUGCAAGAACGAUUCCAACGUCGUAUGGAACAGAAGCGCAGAGCAUCUAUUGCUUCGGAAUCCAAAGAGAGCAGUGAACCAGGAGCAGGUCGACCUCGAAAAUCACCGGAUUUUCUUGGGAUGGAUCCGUCGAAGAGAGCCAUCUCCGCCUCGCCGAAUCUCAACGAUCGCUUCAAAAAGCGGAUGGGUUCGUGGAUCGCCGGCAUGAAAGGCGGUGAUGACAUGGCCGGCUUGACAGCUGACCAACUAGAAAUCGCCGAGUUGGGAAAACCACGCAUUGGCGAAUAUCCCAAGUGUCAGAUCACUAUCAAGGAAAGCAAAGAGUUCCAGGGUAUUGUUGACCGAAUGAUCCGCAAUGCCAAUACAAGACUGAUGUUGGGAACGUCAUCAUGGCGUGAACAGUUCGUCGAUGCGCUGACCGUUGAUGAGGGUGAUGAUGACGAUGGUGAGGAUGGAGAAGGUGGAAGCGAAGGAGCAGAAAAGGAACCACCAAGUUGCGGAGAUUAUGCUAUGCAUUUCCUGACAAUGCCUUGGAAACUGAUCUUCGCCACCAUCCCUCCGACUGACUACUGGGGAGGAUGGGCGUGCUUCGUCGUCUCCAUCUUCAUGAUCGGUGUCCUGACAGCAGUUAUCGGCGAUUUAGCGUCACAGUUCGGUUGCUGGGUUGGCCUGAAAGAUUCCGUCACUGCCAUCUCGUUCGUCGCCCUUGGAACCUCCGUGCCAGGUUCGUGCGUUAGAUUCUUUGUGUUAAAUGUUCAAGUUGAGAUGGAAAAUGUUACUGUGCCAUGUUCUGGGCAGCUGCUGAGCAAUGUAUAG